CCUCAUGUAUGCUUUGACUUGCGUAAAUGACGGUAACGAAGGCAUAGCAUACGAGCUGCGUUGUCUUCCUCGAAAAUAUUUGUUCCCACCAGUUUUGAACGAAAAGUGAGACAAUACAAAUAUCACAGUGAAAAGUGUGUUCGAGAUAGACAAGGAGGCUUAAUUAAUUCUAGAAAAAAUAAAAAAGUAUUUUGAGAAAGGUUAUAGUUACAAAACUAUUCUUCAUUUAUUAAUUGAAAAAUACGAUAUACCCAUUUCACCAACGAGUUUUUCAAGGAUUAUGAGUGCUGCAAAUUUCAAUAGAAAAAAUUUUAUUGAAAGCCCGACAGAGGAAAUCGUUAUGGCUAUUCUAUUGCAACAGGAAGGAAGCGGCGACAAUUUAGGCUAUAGGUCUACGUGGCAGAAACUUAGAAAAGUGUACAAAUUGACCGUGAAGCAAAAGACAGUAAUGGAGUUGUUAAGAAAAAUUGAUCCUGAAGGAGUUGAAGCACGUUGUCGAUACAAAAUGAAACAAAGAACGUAUAAUGUUCCGGGCCCAAAUUAUUUGUGGCAUGCUGACAAUCACGACAAGCUGAAACGGUUUGGAUUUGCUAUUUAUAGCUGUAUAGAUGUGUUUUCGAAGAUAGUUUUAUGGAUACAUGUUUCUAAAUCUAACAAUGAUCCAAAAAUAACAGGGCACUAUUACUUGGAGGCAAUCCAAAACUUUGGAUUGUUGCCUACCUUAAUAAGAACUGAUCACGGCACAGAAGCAACACUCAUGGAAGAUUGUCAAAUAGCUUUACGGUAUAAACAUACCGAUCCAAAUGCUGGUCUUAACAGUUUCAUCAAAGGAAAAAGUACGCGUAACCAAAGGAUAUAAUCUUAUUGGUGCCAGUUUCGUCAACACAUUGGUGAUUUUUACAUUACUCUAUUUAAAAGAAUGGAAUAUGAACAGUUACUUGAUAUCGGCAACCAAAUGCAUAUAGAAUGUUUGCGAUAUUGUUUUGACAGCAUAAUUCAGAAGGAUAUCCUUAUUACAAGAAAAGAGUGGAAUGAACAUAUGAGCAUAGAAUACGCAAACAAAAUAACGGAAAUGUUUUAAGCGAUAUACCUGACGAAUUGUAAUAAUGGCCAGAAAGGUUUGGAGGAACCGAAUUCAAGAAAGAAGUAAAUGUACAGCACGUGCAACUUCUUAAGAAACACACAAAACAACCAGUCUUAAUCUCUCCAGAUUUUAAAGAAGAAGCAGAUGCUUUAACGGGAAAUAUUUCAGUACAAUCUACUGCUAAGGACGCUUACUGCUUGUACGUGAAUCUUGUGAAAGCUAUUGGAAAGGAAACCUUACAGUAGAAAGCGUUCUAAAAAAAUACACCGCUUCUGAGUUUUUUUUUAGCAUGAUCACAUCUUGCCCGUCUUAAACUAUAUAGAUUAGUAGAAUUUCGAAUUUUCAAAUAUGAAAUUGUGGGUUUUUAUUUGAUUCUUUCAACUUGUCGACUAUGUCAAAUACGUUCUAUUUAUGAAACUUAAAAUUAGAAAAUUUUUAAAUAAUCUAUGAUUUGUUUAUAAAUUUUCAAAAGAAAGAGUUUUGUUAUAAUGAGGUAAACGACGAAUUUUCUUCAUUGCCUUAUCCAGCGUUAUAAAUGCAUAAGAAUAAAGAAAUAA